UAUUUUAUUAUUUACAUUUUUGUUUAAUUCCAUCCGUGCUGUAUCUGCAACGCAAUUGGAGUGUCGUCUGGCACAUUCCACGGCCAUGUCUUAGAGCUUCAAAGAUCCCGAAUUUUCCCAUUCACCAAACAAACAGUUCUUAGAGCCUCAAAAAGUGCUGGGCUCUUCUUCACUCCUUCGGUUCUGGUUUCCCCACUUUAUGAAGUGAGGCAAUCCCUGAUGGCAGACUUACCGCACUAUGUCGUGGCCUGUUUGCAUACUGGGAAACUUGCUGCUUUGGCAAUUUUAGUCUCUGGGGGGAUCGUUUUGCAAAUUUUGGCAUGUGCUUUGUACAAUAAUUGGUGGCCAAUGUUGACUGUUAUAAUGUAUGUGCUUCUGCCGAUGCCGUUACUAUUCUUUGCGGGGUCUGAUGGCUCUGCUCUAUUUUCUGAAUCUGAUAAUAGCUGGGUGAACGCGACUAAGUUCUUGACCGGUGCUUCAGCUGUUGGGAGUAUUGCCAUACCAGCUAUCUUAAAGCAUGCUGGCGUGAUCGGUUGGGGCGCUCUCGCAAUGGAGCUCUCAUCAUUUUUCGUAUUUGUACUUGCCAUAAUGUGUUUCAUUGGCAUGACUGAUGAAGAUAAUUAUUACAGUGUGAUCUGAUAUGGUGUGACCCUUCAUUGGGCUGCUUCAUUUGUGUAAAAUGGUGUUGGAUUAUUACAGUGUGAUCUGAUAUGGUGUGACCCUUCAUUGGGCUGCUUCAUUUGUGUAAAAUGGUGUUGGUUCUGCACGUGUGGCUCUUUCGAUUCUUUGUUUCUGUGAGUGUUAUCUCCAAUACGUGAUUGUUAUUAAGAUUGUGAAAUCACCCUUUUUCUUUA